AAGAUACUGCUGCACUUGUUACAUAAUAUAGCGAACCUAAGGCAUUCUCUUCGACCACAUUAAGACUGGGUUCUACUCUUUAAAGUUUUCCACCCCUUCGACAUAGCUUUACAUAGGAGGCCUACUGGCUGACAAUAUACAACAGUCCCCUUAGGGUUCGCAGCGGCGCGCGGCAACCAUGACGCGGGGACUGGACUAUUAUGAAGUGAUGGGCCUCACGAGGAGCGCCAAUGACAUGGACAUCCGGAGAGCUUACCGCCGGUUGGCGCUGAAGUACCACCCGGAUAUCAAUAAAGAUGCGGCAGCGAGCGAUGAGUUCAUACGGAUAUGCGAAGCGUACGAAGUGCUUUCAGACCCCAAGACCAAGGGGUUCUACGACCUGUACGGAGAGGACGCGCUUAAGGACGGCCUGCCCGACGGCAAGGGAGGACUGCGAGGCCCCAUGUACCGCUUUAAUCAGGAUGACAGCCCCAAGACCGUCUUCGAGCGCUUCUUCGGCACCAACAACCCCUACGAGGCGCUGGAAGCGCUUUCUAACCAAUUCGAGGCGAUGACGUCAGAGGACCCGCCUGCCAAGGGCAAGAACAAAGUGUACCCCCUGGAGCUCACCCUGGAGGAGAUCUACCACGGCUGCCUCAAGAAGGUGACGCACAAGCGCAAGGUGCUGCUGUUCAGCGGGGAGUAUGUGGAGGAGGAGCGCAACCUCACGGUGGAUGUGAAGCCGGGGCUGCCCACCGGCACGCGGUUCGUGUUCGAGGGGGAGGGCAACAAGACCCCCAAGAAGGAGCCCGGCCCCGUCAUCUUCGUGCUGAAGCCCAAGCGGCACGCGCGCUUCGUGCGGCGCGGCUCCGACCUGGUCCACAAGGUGACCAUGCCGCUGCACCACGCGCUCAUCGGCACCUCAGUUGAGGUCCGCACGCUGGACGACCGCGACCUCAAGGUGCCCAUCGCCGACAUCGUGCGGCCCGGCUCCACAGUGGUGGUCCCGGGGGAGGGCAUGCCCAUCCCGGGGGCGCCCGGCGCGCGCGGCAACCUCAUCCUUGAGAUCGACCUGCUGUUCCCCACGCACCUCACGGAGACGCAGAAGAUGCUGCUGCGCUCCGCGUUCUUCCUGCCGCCGCCCACGGAACAGAACGAGGAGCAGAAGAAGGCGCUGCGGGAUUACGAGGCCGCGUUCACGCAUGAGCUGAAGGGCUGGGCGACGGUGUUCAAGCGGUAACAGCUGCUGGCCAGAGUUUCGGGCGUUUCAGCUCAUGGGGGGUGAAGCGGAGGCGGGGAAGGGACGUGGUGGUGGGGAGGAGGAGAGGGAUAUGGCUUUGAGGUUUAUGAUGGUUGUGGUUGAGGAGGAGGGGCAAGGAGAGGCCUGUACGACGGCGAGGAAAGGGUGUUAAUCUGGGUCGUACAUGACGAUUUAGUUCGGCGCACUAUAUAAGCAAAUCAUGUUCUGUCUAUGCUAUGAUGGUCGUGGUUAUGUCUGGAAGGCACACUGCGAGACCAAGUAGGCAAGCCGUCACAGAGGCUGGCCGUCAGGGGCACAGGUCGAGGAGGCACAAGGAAUUGAGUGUUUACACUGUAGGGCAUGGAUCACUGUAUACUUGCUCCUGUUGUACAAAGUAUGCCCUACCAAGCACAAACGAUAGGACACGGCAACGUGCCCUGUUCCCAGGUUAUUGCCGGUGA